AUGGCCGUGGAUCCAGCCAUCGAAGCCCUCUUCGGGCCUGCCCCGGACAAUGUCGACCUUACCGAGGGGAGCUGGGAAGAAAAUAACGGCGCCGUGAUUGCGAUGCUGUGUCUGGCGGUAGUGGCGAUUAUUCUGCGGUUCAUAGCUCGCUGUAUUCUGCGGAAUCCGUUUCUUGCGGAUGACUGGGCGAUUCUGUCGGCUUUGGUUGGUAUAGCUGCGACGACUGGAAUCAGCGUUGCGGCAAGGCGGCACCGUGGGCGCUGGCAAGCAUGUGUGGGCAGUCUCCCUGAACGACCUAAUGUCCCUGUACAGAGUGAGUCCACCACCCCUGCUACCUACACUCGUCUAACCCCCCAGCUCCUCUUCUCCUACACCUUCAUCUACGCCCUCUCGUGCACCGGCACGCGCGUCUCAAUCCUCUUCUUCUACAAGCGCGUCUUCUCGCCCCUCGAGCAAUCCCUCAAAAUCGCCAUGGCCAUCUCCGGCAUCAUCACAGCCUCCUACCCGAUCAUCGUCUGGGUCACAAUGAGCACCUCCUGCCGCCCCGUCAGCCACUUCUGGACGCAGUUCAGCGGCACCGCAGGCACAUGCAUCGACAUCAACCAGUUCUUCCUCGCGGCGGGGAUAAUCAACAUGCUAAACGACUUCAUCAUCCUGGCCAUUCCGUUCCCCCGCAUCGCGAAGCUGCAGAUGACGCUGAAGAAGAAGGCCGCCGUGUGCGGGAUCAUGGCGGUGGGGAUCUUCGUCUGCGUCGCAAGCAUCGUCCGAAUCCACUACCUCAGCGUCUUCAUGUCCGCCACCGACCUCACCUGGCUCAUGGGCCCCGUCUUCAUCUGGAGCACCAUCGAGCCCUCCGUCGCCAUCGUCUGCGCGUGCCUGCCCCAUUUCGCGCCCCUCGCGCGCGUCGCGCACCGCUCCAUAUCAAACUCCUACAGCAAGAGCAAAAGCUACGGCAACUCGAACUCGCGGGCGGGAUUGUCGAGUACGAAAUCGCGCGGUCGCGGGGGCCAUGGCUCGGGCGUGCAGAGUCUCAGUGCGCGCGGCGGGAGUAUGAGUAUGCUGGGUCGAGGCGCGGGGAAUAAGGGGGUGGAUGUGGAUGAGGAUGAGAUCGGCUUGACGAACUAUGUUACCAGUAUGCCGCGCGGAGGGGGCUCGGAUGCGGAGCUGGAGUACGGCCACGGGUCUGUGUCGCAGAUCAGGGUUGAGUCAACGUUUGUGACGGCUUCGGUUAAGGGGGAUUCAUGA